AUGAGCCAAUACCGAAACGAAGGUUUCAUUUCUCUUCUGAUCAGAAAUGGGUUGGCCUGCCUCGGAAAGGUAAUUCAACCCGCCCAUUGCAGCCGACUCCAUUAUGUCCAUGUGAACGCAGAUGGUCGUCAAGAAAGCGACGACGAUGAUGAUGACAAUGAUGAUGACGCCGAAGAGAGCCUGCCUGAGGCCAAAGACUCUCAUGCGUCACCAUCCCCCAGCUCCAUGAUCUGGAGAAAGAGCCAGAAGCCACAUUCCCUUUCAGCAUCUACCCCGACGAACGCUAGCCAUGACCACCAUAGAGAAGAGCUUGGCCAGAGUUAUCGGGACUCGAGGCACUUUAGCAUUUCCAGUUUCAAUGCAGUCGCUGGCUCCAAUGAACCGUCUCCACAGUCGGCUUCUUACUAUGCCCAGACUUCCGCGUAUGAUUGCUUGUCUCAACCUACCGACCAACCCGUGAAUGUUUUUCCAGUAGAGCGAGAUCAUUACCGCCUGGGACCUUUGAAGGGCGUUCCCCAAACCUUCUCAGACGCCUCCUAUACCAGUGACCUACAGGAAGCAUGCUUGAUACGCUACUUCGUGGAGAGGCUUGCUCAUUGGUUCGACAUAACAGACCGAGACCGACAUUUCGCGCUCACAGUGCCCGGCCGAGCAAUGUUCUGCCCAGUACUCCGAUACGCUCUCCUCACCGCAUCAGCCGGCCACAUGCGACAGGCCCUAAAAUGCCGCAACAACAGCAACGGCACUGUCAUCUUCGACGGAAUCCCACUGCCGGGACUCAGCGAAGACUCGGCAAUCCGCUACCACAACAUUUGCAUCUCAUACCUAAUCGAGAUCUCCAAAGACCCAAAUGAGGAGUACAACGAAGACGUUCUAACCGCAGCGACCAUCCUCCGCUUCUACGAGCAAUUAGACGCCCCCUCAAUCGGCACCGACACCGAAGCCUACCUCAAAGCCGUCCAAUUCAUAGUGCACACGCAGAACAACGACUCCUUCUACGCAGCCCAAACAAUCCACGGCCCAACCCACGACAACAACAUCCACUCCUCACCGGCAAUCUCCCUCCGCCACGCCGCCUGCCUCAUCGCCCUCCGACAAGAAAUCUGGAGUGCAUUCCUGCACCAACGCCCCGUGCGGCUCCCCAUCUCCCCCAGAAACGACUACAACGCCUUCCCCACCACCUGCGACUUCAUCUGGGCCAACCGCGUCCUCGUCUGGUGCGCCGACCUCCUCAACUUCGCCUUCGACAGCCACACAAACACUAAAUACCCGACACAAGCAGCCCGUCUCGCAAAAUGGAACAGCCUCAAAGCCUUCGAAACAAACUGGAAUAACCACAAACCCCUCUCCUACAAGCCCAUCUACUAUGCGCCCCCGGAACCGGAACGGGUGUCUUAUUUCCCGACUAUCUGGCUCAUGAAUGAUAGUCAGGUUGUCGCGGAGCAGCAUAUGGAGCUGGCGCGGAUUCUGCUCGCCGUGUCAAAUCCGGGGAUGCAGCGGUUGGGGGCCGGGGCCGGGGCGCUGAAUCGUGGGCUGGAGGCAGAGUUAAGGGCUAUCACGAGGAGGGUGAUUGGGUUGGGGUUGGGGAAUCGGGCAGGGCCGCCGGCGUUGGUGACGAGUGCGGUUGGCAUCUCGAUUUGUGGGGAGUAUUUUGAUGAUCCCGGGGAGAGGGAGGCGUUGGUGAAGUUUUUGGUGGACCUGGAGUUUGAGUAUGCUUGGCCGACUAGAGCGAUUGUGAGCGCUUUGAGGAGUGCUUGGGCUGCGUAG